AUGCCCAUUAGCGUCCAAGUUAAUCGUUUUCGUUGUCGGCAUCCCAGAUGUAGCGGCAGUGUUGAUACUUUCUCUCUCUUCACAGCUCAAGAACAUAUAGCUCAACACUUUUCACAGGACUGUAGUAAUAAAAGUCUAAAAAAUUUACAUUAUGCUUACGAGUGUCCAGUCUGUCGGAUAGGGUUUGUUACGAAAUUUUAUGCCGUAGAUCAUUAUAUGACAAAACAUCAUAAUGUUCGACAGCUGUUCGAAAACUAUUCUCAAAUUAAUAGAGAUCACACUGAUCGUUACCUUUUGUUUUCAAAUGUGUACAUGGCAGCUUACUUAGAAGUAGUACUGCAAAACAAAACAAUUGAAAUGGGAAGUGCUCCGAUGCCAAUACAAGCGAAUAUCGGUUAUGACAAUCGACCGCGAUCGGAGCCGUAUAGACCUCCUGCUCCAACUGGUACUAUUGGAUAUCAGAACGAUCCGUAUGGAACAGAUCCUUACGGAGUUGAUCCAUUUGGAAAUGGUUCGGAUGACUUCAGAUCCCCAUCACGUAACACCAGGUCACCAGUCAGGUCUCCGGCGUAUAGAUCAGGUCCUCCAGCCAGCGCAUUCUCAUCGAUGAGGGAAAGAACCAAUAGCGGUGUGGAACAAAGUUCGAUGUCAGGAGAAUACUCGAAUGGAUUUAUGGAGAAUAGAAGAAUGAAGAGUCCGGAUGGUCGGGAUAACAAAAAAAGUCGUGGUAGGGGUGGACCAGGUGGUGGAAGAGGGAACCGACGAGAGCCAAUGUGUGUGAUUGAUAGUAAUUCGAGACGUGAAAGAAAUGAUUGGAGCGGUGAUCCAAGACGUGGAGGGAACAAGGCAUUCGGGAAAAGACCGAACACUGACAACAAUUCUUCCUUCUAUGGAGAUCAAUCUUUUAACAAUUCUUACAGCUCAGCUCCUCAAAGUGGUUUCAAUACUUCCAAACGGGAUAGGUCCUAUUCACGCAGUCGUAGCCGUAGUGCAUCUCGAUCUCCUCCGAGAAAGAUGAACAGCGCUACGGCCGCCAGCUAUAGUGGUAAUGAUAGUUUCAUGAACAAAAAUAAUAGAGGGGCUAAGACACCUCCGAGAGAUGAUAGACGGUCUUACUCGCGUAGUGUAUCUCGAUCUCGUUCCCGGUCUCCUGUCCCACAGGCUGCCCCGGCGGUUAAUGCUUCCAACAAUACGAACUCUAGUUAUGCAGACAACAGUAAUAAACAAUCUGGAAAUGGGUACAAAACCUCACAGAACAGAAGAGGAGGAUUCGGACAAAAUAGAUUCGGAAAUAAUUCCAUGCGCAAUGACAGAACUACAUCGGGUCCACGCAGCCCUCCUAAUUCUCCCAGUAGAAAGAAAAACUUACCUUUCACACGACAGUCAGGUCCUUCUAAAAGUCGUUCUCGAUCUCGAUCUCGAUCGUUCUCGAAGAGCCCUGAAAGAUAA